CAUCGCCUCCUCACUCCUGAAGAGAAUCGCUCAAGCAGCCAAGCAGCGGCAAAACCUACGAAGAAACGAAGACAUGGCCUCUCGAGUUGCAGCUCUGCUCUUGCUGGGUGUCCUCUGCUUCUCCUUUGCAGCAGGUGAGAUUGCAGCGGACUGCUGUUUGCAGGCGAUUGACAAGCGUUUGCCCUCCAAAAACAUCGUGGACUACAUUAUUCAGGAGGCUGGGAAAGGCUGUGAAAUAAGUGCAACUGUGUUUAUUGCCAACACUGGCAGAACUCUGUGUGUCUUCCACCCCAGCCAGAAACCAUGGGUGAAAAACCUCAUUAACAUCGUGAACAAGAAAAAACAAGCACAGGAGUAAAUGAGGCGCAGCGAUGAACAAACUGUGGGAAAAGACGGAUCGAGACUCAUUUCAUAGUCUGUGACGGUGAUGUUGUGCUGCAGAGAGAUUAUGGAGAAAUCAUCAUUUCACCUUAUUUAUGAUGUUAUCCUGUAUAAGCUGCCAUGCGUUGGGCACGAGCUAAAUAUAGUUAUGUGUGUGUUUCUUCUCAUUUGUGGUGACUGAGCAGUCGUCUCUUUUCUUUCUUUGUGUUAUGAAUGAUCUAGAAAUGGAAAGUUUUGCCCGGGCUUGCCCUGGAAAUGAGAGUGGCAUUAAAAUCCUGUUGUGGUUUCUGUCUAAAGUGUCUGUAAAUGAAAAUACUUUGAUUUAUACAGCAGCAAAUCACCUCAAGGUGCUUCAUACUGUAAGACAAAGACCCUACAAUAGCGGGUUGCAUUUCUGUUUUUGUGAUAAUUUGUACAAAAUGUGAUGAGAUGACUUGUGUAUAUGACUAUGAUCUUAAAAUAAACUUGGACAUUAUUUUGUAAA